AUGGCGGACCAACUCAACAUGAACGGCCUCAGCCUUGGUGCUGACGGCCCUCAGUCUGCUCCCGGGGCUCGAUCUUACAUCCCGCCUCACAUGCGAAGCCGCGGCGGCGGCGGUGGUGGCGGCGCUGGUGGCGGCGCUGGUGGCCUGAACAACAGCGCUUGGGCUGGCAACGGUGGCCAAGGCGGCUACAGCGGCGGCCGUCAAGGCGCCAACUGGAACGGAGAUGCUCCCAGUUAUCAGAACAACCGUCGUGGUGGUGGUGGCGGCUGGAGUGGUCGCGGAGGCUACUCUGGCGGUGGCAGCGGUGCCGGAUAUGAAGGCGGCCACGGUGGUGGUAGCCACCCUGCUCGCGGCUCUGGAGACGGACAAUGGCGGGACGGAAAGCACAUUCCUGGUCCCCCCAACGCCCGUGUCGAGCGUGAGCUCUUCGGCACUGCCGACGAUCCUUCCAAGCAGCACACCGGUAUCAACUUUGAGAAGUACGACGAUAUCCCUGUCGAAGCCUCUGGUCGUGACGUCCCCGAGCCUGUCCACCAGUUCACCACUCCUCCUUUGGAUGAGCACCUUUGCCGCAACAUUGAGAUGGCCCGCUACAAGGUCCCUACUCCCGUUCAGAAAUACUCCAUCCCCAUUGUCAUGGGUGGCCGUGAUCUCAUGGCUUGUGCCCAGACUGGUUCCGGCAAGACUGGUGGUUUCCUCUUCCCUAUCCUGUCUCAGGCUUUCAUCCACGGCCCUUCUGCUGUCCCUGCCAACGCUGCUGGACAGUUUGGCCGUCAGCGCAAGGCCUACCCCACCUCCCUUAUUCUCGCCCCCACUCGAGAACUUGUUUCUCAAAUCUACGAAGAGGCUCGAAAGUUCGCCUAUCGAUCUUGGGUCCGCCCUUGUGUGGUCUACGGUGGUGCCGAUAUUGGCUCUCAGCUUCGCCAGAUUGAGCGCGGAUGCGAUCUUCUUGUCGCCACUCCCGGUCGUUUGGUAGAUCUUAUUGAGCGAGGCCGCAUCUCCCUGUGCAACAUUAAGUAUCUUGUGCUCGACGAGGCCGAUCGCAUGCUGGACAUGGGUUUCGAGCCCCAGAUCCGCCGCAUUGUCGAGGGCGAGGACAUGCCCGCCGUCAACGACCGCCAGACCCUCAUGUUCUCAGCCACCUUCCCUCGCGACAUUCAAAUGCUUGCCAGGGAUUUCCUCAAGGACUACGUCUUCCUGUCCGUCGGCCGUGUUGGUUCCACCUCUGAGAACAUCACCCAAAAGGUCGAGUUUGUUGAGGACAUUGACAAGCGCUCUGUUCUGCUCGAUAUCCUCCACACCCACGCUGGCGGCUUGACCCUCAUCUUCGUCGAGACCAAGCGUAUGGCCGACUCCCUGUCCGAUUUCCUCAUCAACCAGAACUUCCCCGCCACCUCCAUUCACGGAGACCGAACCCAGCGUGAGCGUGAACGCGCUCUUGAGUUCUUCCGCAACGGACGAUGCCCCAUCCUGGUUGCUACUGCCGUCGCGGCCCGUGGUCUCGAUAUUCCCAACGUCACUCACGUUGUCAACUACGAUCUUCCUACUGAUGUGGACGACUACGUUCACCGAAUUGGUCGUACUGGCCGUGCUGGAAACACUGGUAUCGCUACCGCCUUUUUCAACCGUGGCAACCGUGGUAUUGUCCGCGAGCUCAUCGACCUUCUCAAGGAGGCCAACCAGGAGGUUCCUCCCUUCCUUGAGGCUAUCGCCCGUGAGUCAUCCUUCGGCGGUGGUGGCCGCGGCGGUCGCUCUCGCCCUGGCGGCGCUGGUCGUGGCAACGCCAACCGUGAUUUCCGUAAGUUUGGCGGCGGUGGCUUCGGCGGCAGCGGUGGCGGCUUCAGCAACAGCCCUCAAGGCGGCUUCAGCAACUAUGGAGGUUCCCAGGGAGGCUCCAGCUAUGGUGGUGGCGGCUUCAACGGCGGCUACAGCGGUGGUGGCGGCAGCUACGGCAACCCUGGCGGUGCCGGCGCUCAAUCUUCCUGGUGGUAG